CAAAGAAAAUCAAAAUUCCUGAAAGUAGUGAUCAGCCAAAGAACCUUUUCUUGUUCUCUCACCAGAAGCAACAGAAAAGAUAAACAAUGUUGAAAGGAAGAAGCUGUACGCUGUGGAUUCUACAAGCUGUAAGCAUCUUGAUGUUUCUUGCUCUCUGUAUUUUCCUAGACCUGCGAACCAAAGGCCCUGCCUUGGCUGUCCUGUAUUUCUUCAUUUCAACAACGAUUAAUUGCAGCUUUAGUGUCGUUAGUGAAGAAUGUGUGACGUUUUAUCGUGGACAAGAUGUGGUUGUAAAGAAUAAGGCAAGAACAAAAAGAAGAAAGCUACUUCCAAUAUUGGUGGUGAUCCUCUUCCCUGGAGAACUCUUCGCAAUGAAUGUUGAAUGCAACGGCGAAACAGCUUCAGCUAAUUGUUGAUUCACAAACAAAGAUCAAGUAUAAAACAUGUGGGGUAUAUCUAGUAAGCAUCAUGGGAUACAAAAGAAUGUGAAUUUUACUGUUGGAUAAAGAUAGAAGGAUACC